AUGGAAGAAGAACGGCCACCCGUCCCUCAGCUACCCAGCCGGUCGAGUGAGUCCAGGAGGGCAACAUCUUCACCUGAGAAUAUCGGUCGAGCGGUGACCACCAUGUCCCCCAUCGAUGGCAGGACUCCCACACAGCAGCAGCCUGCUCCAGCUUCUUCAAGUCCAGCUCCAGGUUAUCGCCCUUUGCUGGAUGUAGCAAGCUAUUCUCCGUCCGUCUACCAAUCUCCCGAUCUCUCGCGCCCGUCGCCCGAAGCUGCAUUCUCCCUGGGAUCACCCUCUGCCACGACCCUUGUCCCUUCAGCUCCCACAGCAGCGGUGGAAAGGCAAAAACACAACAAAGCAUUGGUAGACCCUUCACCCAUUGUGCCUAUCCGCUCCAUGUUUCCCACUUACGAUCCGUCCCUGCCUUUGCCACAGCAGGCAUAUGGGCCCCAUCGUCCGCUCCCAGCGAGACUUUCAGGAAUGCCGGGACUUCGUCCCCUAUCCCGGGAUGACUAUCGGAGUAGCCUGUCAACGCCCUUUGCAAUGACUACUCAAAGGACGGCUCCGGCGAGUGUUCUCAGCUUCCCUUCGGACGUCAUGAGCGUCAAUAUCGGGCCACGUAUUUCUACGCAGCGAGAAUUGGAGAAGCUAUGGGACGCAUCUCACGGAACCGAGCCAGGCUGCGCGAUCAGAACCUUUGAUUUAGAAAUGGCACGGACUGAAGAAGCAACAUUUGUCUUUGGAUCUCAUCCAUCUUUGCCAUUUUAUACGCUGCAGACGUACGACUCCAACGAGAUCGCCAUAUCCAAGACCUCCCCGCGAACCCCGACUUCCACCCAGGAUGUGGUCCUAUGUCCACUGGAGCCGGCCUCCCGAAGACAGUCGCCCAAUGACGGGCUUGUUGCCUUCAUCUUCCCCAAGCUCGCCGCCAUGUUGGCCAUCAACCAGUCCGCCACUCUCGCCCGCGAACACAAUCUGGCCCCUACGGACCGCGACGACAUUGAAGCCCAAGCUGUGCGCCGUGCCGCAAAGCAGGAGGCCUGCCAUCUCCGGUAUAACGCCCAGGAAGAGCUAUAUGAGCUGGAGCAUCCUGCCAUUGGCCGCGGCGCUACGGGCGGAGACUUCGCCAUCAAGUCCCCCAUCUUGUCGCCUACUCCCGCCGUACGCUCCCGUACAGGGAAGCCUGUUCUCCAUAUUACCAUAUCCACGGACAGCCCGCUCCCCACGAUCAAUGUGAUUGACCCAAAUGCUGUACGCCAGUCUGGAUUGGCAACACCGAGGACUUCUGCAGGAGCCGGCAUUCGUCGCUUGUCCAUCAUCCCCCAGGUCGAGACAGACUCAUUUGCAGAACAUCCCACCCUGGCCAAGCUCGAUCUGACAUCUCAAGUACUGCACCUCGAUGUCAAUGCCAUUCUAGAAUUGAUGCCCUCACUCUUCAGCAUUGACUGCGUUGUCUCAGCGAUCUUGGCUGUGGCGAUUGCCGAUACCACCACCAAUCCCACGAUGGGUUCCAUGGAGAUCUGGAAACCACGGCCAGCGCCUGCAUCACGCCUCGGGACGGGUGGCAGGAGUUUGCGUGCCCGCACAGGUGCUGGAAGCAUCAAAAGCUACGCGGGCAGCAUGUUCUACGCCACGAUUGCAGAGCGGGAGGAAGCAGAGGAAGAGGCUCGGCUCAUGCGAGAGGCGCAUGAGAAGGAUGUCCAGGGUACAUCGUCGCAAGGAAAGGGCUCAAGGACAUGGUUCGGCUUCAGGAAGCCAAUGACCGACUCUGACAAGACGAACAAGAAGUCCAAGUCUAGAAGCAGGAAGAUCGUCGUGACCGAGUUCGACAUGGAGAAACUGGGCCACUAUCAGUCCGGCACCCGUGAAGGAGAAGAAUUACCUGGCGUGACUCGGUCAGCCCUAGGUGUCCUUGUCUUGGGUUUGAAGUUGAUGGUAUGGAUCUUGACCACGAUCGCCCAAGUUCUUGCUUGGAUACUGGUGAAUGGCUCGCGGGCCGUCACAAGUGACAAGUUUUAG